AGCUUUAACCCUCAUCCCGAACUAUCUUCAUUAUGCCAGAGAUUGUGGGAUGCUGAUGAAAAUCGUCUUGAACCAGGAGUUGAUUACGAAAUCGAUCCUCAAGGCAAAACCCGCUACCAUUCACGUGAAGAUCGUGCCAGGGAUCCUCUCUUUACUUUUGUUAAAGAAGAAGUUUUUCAGCGUGUCACAUUUAGAAGUAAGAAUUUGUGAUAAAGUGAAACCUUGAUCUUGAGAAAUAAUACAGUUAUUUUAUUGAUCAGAAUUUAGCAUAUCUGCAAAUUCUGGCUGUUUUUGUCUUUCUUGUUGUGUUCCUUUGUAACAUUGGUUAUUUGAGUUUGUUUUUUAAAAAUUUCAGAUCAAUUUGCAUGCUUUUUUUUCCUCAAUCUCGCAAAUUUUUGAAGCUGAACAAGUUCAAAAUUUUACAUGGUCUAUUUAACUUAAGUGACAGCAGGUCAAAUCAGUGAGAAAAUUGGUGUUAUUUGAUGACAGGUCCAGUUCUAAUAGACCUGGAUUAUUUUGUUGUUGUUUUUUUUUGUUUUUGCUUCUAGAUAUUGGGCAAAACAUUUUAUUUCUCAGGAUAUGAUUGAGUAAGUGGAAAACUGUCUGGAAAAGCUAUUAAACAGAUUUAAUCAGAGAUGAACUUGGCAUUCCAUACAACAAGAGUAGCAAUGCUCUAAGUUGCUUUUUGUUAGAGAGACUGCAAGAAGUUUCAGCAGUAAUGGAUCAUCAGUCAUGCUAAUUUUUAUGGCCAAAAAGUCAAACUUAAGUCUGUUUUUGCUUAGGAUUCAUAGCUUUACUGGACAACUAUGAAAGUGAAGGUGGACAGGGAGAAGUUGUCACUCCACACGAAAUUAGAGAAAACCAGUGUUUCAUUGAUGCUAUUAUGGAAACUGAGCCAAUGAAAAUUGCCCAUGAAUACCUGGCUGACAAAGGUCUCAUGCCUAAAGACAGAGGACAGUUUAAGAGAGAACUUUACAAGAUUUGGUUUCAGAUGUUCCAAAGAACAAAGGGAGUAAGGUGUGUUAGAAAAGAUGUAUUGUAGUGUUCACUUGUGUUGAAGAUACUCAACAUACUAGUAAUAUUAAUAAUAUAGGACAUAAUUUUAGCAGGAUGUUCCUAAAAAGGUGUCUGGCACAAACAUCCCACCAAAAUAUGGAGGCAUGUCAUGAUGCUUUACUGUUAUGAAUUAUUAAUUUUCCACAACAAAGAAGGUGUCUCACACUCUUAGGAAACCUCCUUGGCUAUACCUUGGAGGAUUAUAAGAUGACAGAGUGUUGUCACUGUGCAUGUAUCCUGCCAAAUGGUUGGUUUGAUCAGCAUUUUAAGCUGAUGUAAUGCUUUUCAGGCAUUUGUUUACCGAAAAAGUAGGAAACACCUCUUGAAAAAAAUAACAUAAAUUAAUGAGAUGUUUAUGAUAUGGAUGCCCAUAAUGACAUCUCAAAGAAAAUGAUGAAUUGAGUGACAAUGGUCAGUUGAAAAGGUGUGAAGAUCAGAGUUUCUUGAUCAGGUCAUUUGUGUACAUGUAACAUUGAAAAUUCCUUCUAGGAAAUUGGACUCUUCUGGAUUUGAACAUGUCUUUGUGGGUGAGACAAGAAACAAGACUGAAGUGAUUGGAUUCCACAACUGGAUACAGUUCUACUUACAAGAGAAACGAGGCUUUGUUGACUAUAAAGGCUUUUUCCCUAGUCGAAGGGUAAGCUUGGCAAUAAGGUCCAUCUUCAGAUAUAAUACAUUCUUUGAGUUAAAUGCUUCACAUGUAUCCUAGGACUCCACCCUUUGGCCAUACACUUCUUUUCUUUUAUUUUUCUUUCUUUCAUUCUUUUCCAUUUUCUAUUCAAACUUCAUGUCAAGAGGGCUGUGUUAAAGCCUAAGCAGGUCAUAAUGUUGGGUCCAUGGGCAAGGCACUCCAUUCCUUCUUUGUCCACUUUUGUGUAAAAAUGAGUGCCUGUCAGGGAAACUUGACAAAAUGCUGAAGAUUAAACAUUUCAUUCAGGGGAGAGUUGCAGUUAGUCUUUUCACUUAGCACUACCUCUAGUGUCACCUAUUUCUAUAGAAUCUCAGUGAGUUUCACCCAUGAGAGGAAGAGCAUAGACUUAACAGACAGUUUUUACAGUCAGGACUGACACAAUCAUACAUUGUUUCUAUUUAAAAACAGAAGCGGCAUGUUAGCCCUGAAGAGGAGAGUAAAAACCAGCUUAUCACAAUUCAGUUUAGUUGGAAAGGUGAUGUGAAGCCAAUCGGCAGUAGUUUUAUCGGCACCAGUCCUGAAUUUGAGAUGGCAUUGUACACUGUCUGUUACCUGGCAGGAGAAGGUGAAGAUGUACAAGUGGAGAUUGAUGAUUAUGAUGUUACUGUUAAAGCACAUCACAUGGGACCAUACAUGGGAAGCUGUUAUCCACAAUGUUGA